ACGGUGUCGUGAGCUCCUGUCUUCAUAUUGCUCUGAUUGUUACAUUCCUUGGCUCGCUCGACGUGAGCAGUCGUUGUUGACACUUGAGCUCUUCCCGGUCUUUACCGACCACAAAGCUCCGACCCGCCAAUCUCGAUUUGUUGCCGCGCCGAGCUCUAUCUCGCAAAUCCUUCCUUUCUCUCCAACCUCCUACAACUACCUCCAACAUACUUCUGCACAUAUAUUGCAGAGACAUUUUGGUUUCUCUUCCUUCACAAUGCUAGCAGUCCGAUCUUUUGCUGCGCCAGCGCGGCGACAGUGUCUGCAAGCAUCCCGCCGUGCCUGGGUUCCCACUUCUGUCCAUGCUUGCCGUCAAUAUGCGACUGGGAAGGACCCAGUUGCCAAAUUCACUGGACAAAAAGGGUCAGAUGGACUCUAUACUGUCAGUUUGAUUGAAGGUGACGGUAUCGGACCGGAGAUUGCUCAGUCUGUGAAGGACAUCUUUGCGGCUGCGAAGACACCAAUUAAGUGGGAGCCAGUUGAUGUCACCCCUCAAUUGGUUGAUGGCAAGACUUCUAUCCUACCAGAGACCAUUGAGAGCAUCAAGAAGAACAAAGUCGCUCUCAAGGGACCUCUUGCUACUCCCAUUGGAAAAGGCCAUGUGUCUCUCAAUUUGACCCUCCGCCGAACCUUCAACCUCUUUGCCAAUGUCCGACCAUGCCGCUCCAUUGAAGGAUACAAGACGCCAUACGAUGGUGUAGACACCGUUCUGAUCAGAGAGAAUACCGAGGGAGAGUAUUCAGGUAUCGAGCACAUCGUCGUAGAUGGUGUCGUGCAAAGCAUCAAACUCAUCACUCGCGAGGCCAGUGAGCGCGUGCUCCGAUAUGCGUUCCAGUAUGCCGAGGAUAUUGGGAGACCAAAGGUCCGUGCCGUUCACAAAGCUACCAUCAUGAAGAUGAGCGAUGGUCUCUUCUUAAGCACCGCUAUGAGAGUUGCCAAGGACUUUCCUAAGGUCGAAUUCGAUUCCGAGCUGCUCGACAACACCUGCCUGAAGAUCGUUACCGACCCCGCACCAUACAACGAUAAGGUCUUGGUUAUGCCCAACCUUUACGGUGACAUUCUUUCCGAUAUGUGUGCUGGACUUAUUGGUGGUCUUGGUCUUACUCCAUCUGGCAACAUUGGAGAUGAGUGCUCUAUCUUUGAGGCCGUCCACGGUUCCGCACCAGAUAUCGCUGGCAAGGCUCUCGCCAACCCAACUGCGCUUCUUCUUAGCUCCAUCAUGAUGUUGAGACACAUGGCUUUGAAUGAUCACGCAGACAGAAUAGAGAAGGCUAUUUUCGAUACCCUGGCGGAAGGAAAGUCACUGACCGGUGAUUUGGGUGGAAAGUCGAAGACACACGAGUAUGCCGGUGCAAUUAUUAAGCGUUUGUAAAUAUACCCACUUCCUGGGUUGUAGACUGUACCAUGAGAUAAAUGCAUAGUUCGUUUCUGCGGGGGGCUGUAUGGACGCUUGAUUGUAUUCUUCAGCGUCAGUGGAGUCAGGAAAUGGAAUUCUAUCCCAAAAAAUGUGUUUUAGUGACUUGGUGCCAAUUAAGUGUUGAGACAGAUCCAGAUGUCUUUCCGAGGUCUUUCGAGUCUUUGUAACUUCACCCCAAUUGGCUACUCUCCUUGAAGUUGAAACACUGUGUAUGAAGUCACAUGUGUCAAAAUUCUUAUUCACAUGACAGGUCGUGUAGCCUUCAUGGCAGAAAGACGAUAAAGCGUUCCCUGUGAUCUAUUGGGAGCUGUAGCUUUCUCAUAACAAUCAAGCACGAGAAUAUAUUGAUGUGAUGCAGUAUCUUGAGAUACCCGCUAUUACAGUUCACCAUGAUGGAUGACCCAUGACAUAAGGAAGGCUGAUAAGGUAGUAGUCGAUGCGUAGCUCCAGCCCAAUAAAGUUCAGAUUGGUACUGUAGCCUCGUUAAGAGAUGAGAUCUCUCGGGAUGAGAGUCUGAUCUCUAUUGGAUACUCGGGCGUAGAGACCGCACCAUCGGGACAUAUCAAGGGUCCUGUACGAUUUACUGUAUGAUUAAACCGAUGUCAUAGGCACUUAUAGUUGUUAGCUAGAUCUAGAACUUGAGCAGAGAAGCAAUGCCUCUUGCAAAAGAGAUGGAAUAGCUACAUAGAUCUCUUUUUUGGGGGGGGGGGGGGGGACAGACUCGUCGUGCUAGAGAGAAUAUCACAGCUCCUCCGUCUGACAAUCUACUUUGUGGACAUGACUAUUACCAUUCGAAAAUUGACGUCUCUGAUUUUUGCCCGGUCAUAGCCCCAACCGAUGAUUAGAAUCACCCUGUCAACCUGUAGUCAACGUCAACUUUAAAAGUAGGUACAUACUACAUACCUAACCUGGUGGUUGGUUCCCCACAUGUGCUGCUCAGCUU